UUCUCCUUGCUUAUCUUGCGCGCGAAUCCUUAUCCUUCACCCACCCCUACAUUUUCUUGUUUGCUGAUAAUAAGCUACCCAUUUCUCUUGUUGUUUUUUGGGGUUCAUUAACGAGCUGAAGGAACAGUUUGUGGAGAGGGAGAUGAAAGUACUACUGUCAAAGAAAAAAGCUUUAUUGUUGUUGGGGUUUUUCAUGGAAAUGUAAUCUGUUUGUUCUUUCUUGGUUUUGUUUAAUCACUUUCUUUUUUUUCUUUCCACCAAAUCAAGAAAAAGGAGAAGCGGUUGUCUAUGGCAAGAAAUAAUGAAGCUGUUGCGAAUGAAUCCAAGAGUGAAUCUAAGAGAGUGGUUCCGCUCAAUACAUGGAUCCUAAUUUCCAACUUCAAGUUGUCUUAUAAUCUUCUCCGUCGCCCUGAUGGGACUUUCAAUCGUCACUUGGCAGAGUUUCUUGACCGAAAGGUCCCAGCCAAUGCAAAUCCAGUUGACGGAGUUUUCUCCUUUGAUGUUGUCAUUAAUCGUGAAAUAGGCCUACUUAGCCGUGUCUAUCGCCCUUCUUUUGAGGAUGGAGCUUCACCGAGUAUAAUUGAACUUGAAAAGCCUGUGACUGCUGAUGUUGUACCUGUCAUAAUUUUCUUCCAUGGUGGAAGUUUUGCACACUCUUCUUUCAAUAGUGCUAUCUAUGACACACUUUGUCGCCGCCUUGUUGGCAUUUGCAAGGCAGUUGUUGUGUCAGUUAAUUACAGGCGAGCGCCUGAAAAUCGUUAUCCUUGUGCUUAUGAUGAUGGAUGGACAGCUCUUGAGUGGGUUAACUCAAGGGAAUGGCUGCGGAGCAAAAAGGACUCGAAGGUUCACAUAUACUUAGCUGGAGAUAGCUCUGGUGGUAAUAUAGUUCAUAAUGUGGCUUUCAGGGCAGUAGAGUCCAACAUAGAAGUGUUGGGAAAUAUACUGCUGAACCCUAUGUUUGGUGGACAAGAGAGAACAGAAUCAGAGAAGCGAUUGGAUGGCAAAUAUUUUGUCACACUUCAAGACCGAGACUGGUAUUGGAGAGCUUAUCUUCCUGAAGAUUCAGACAGGGACCAUCCUGCAUGCAAUCCAUUUGGUCCAAAUGGUAUAAACCUCAAAGGAGUUAAGUUCCCAAAGAAUCUUGUUGUUGUAGCAGGCUUGGACCUUGUUCAGGAUUGGCAGUUGGCCUAUGCUGAUGGGCUUAAGAAGGCUGGACAAGUGGUUAACCUGAUAUAUUUGGAGAAGGCAACAAUAGGGUUCUACUUGUUGCCAAAUAAUGAACACUUCUACACUGUCAUGGAUGAGAUAAGUAGCUUCGUGAGUUCUGACUCUUAGUAGAUUUAACCUUGUCAAAAGUAGGAUGCUUGAAGACGUUUGAUGUUUUGUUGAAGUUAGUUCCUAGCCUAUCAACCGUUUGAAAGAUUGUAUAGCAUCAUCAAUUACUUCCUUAUUGGUCAUGCUAUUGCUUGGAUUCUGCUCCAGUGGCUGGGUUGGUUGUUGGAUCUGUGUUAUAUUUAUUCCAGUUACAAGGAGUGUCUGGAUAUUGGUUGUAUAUUUUGGUAGAGCUGCGCCAAAGGUUAUAGUCAUCUUGUCUUCGUCUAGCAGAUAUGCUGAUUUACAGCUAACCUUUCCCAUGUUAGCCUCCAUAGUAGAGGGGGUAAAUCUGGUGCUGAUCCAUCAGGGGACCGGUGCCUUGCUAAUGUUAUAUAGCUGAUCAUACUAUUAUGCUUCACGGAUGAACAUCCUAAAUUGUGAAGUUGUAUAAUAUAUCUAGAAUUAUAUAGAACUAUGUUUGCUUCCACGCGUUA